AUGGCUAAUUCUUCCUCCCACAAGCUUUCCUACAUCAUUUUCUUCCUUUCCCUCUCCACGUUCGCUUCCGCAGCCCUAAAAGUGGGCUUCUAUCGAUCAUCGUGUCCCGAGGCCGAGGCCAUUAUCGAGAAUGUUGUUGAUCGCGCCGUCUCUCGUAACCCUGGCAUCGCUGCUGGGCUCAUUAGAAUGCACUUCCAUGACUGCUUUGUUAGGGGAUGUGAUGGGUCAGUGCUUUUGGAAUCAACUCCGGGAAACCCAGCUGAGAGAUAUCAUCCAGCAAAUUUCCCGACAUUACGAGGUUUCGAGGUUAUUGAUGAAGCCAAGGCCAAAAUUGAGGCUAUUUGUCCCCAAACCAUGUCUUGUGCUGACAUUCUCGCCUUCGCCGCCCGUGAUAGCGCCAACAAAGUUGGUGGCAUUAACUAUGCUGUACCAGCCGGCCGCCGCGAUGGCUGCAUUUCAAGGAAGGAAGAAGCUGGAACUCUCCCUAGUUUUGCUUUCAACGCCGAGAAGCUCGCCAGCGAGUUUGCGAAACGAGGGCUGUCGGUGUCGGAGAUGGUGACCCUCUCCGGUGCACACUCCAUCGGAAUAGCUCACUGCCCCACCUUCUCCAAGAGGCUAUAUUCCUUCAAUGAAACUCAUUCACAAGACCCUUCAAUGGACCCCUCGUAUGUUGAUUACUUGAAGAACAAAUGCCCGCCACCGCGUGGUGAUCGGAGCGAGGAGGCGGCCGUGGCGCUUGAUUUCUCCACGCCGCACCGUUUGGACAACCGUUACUAUAUCGAGCUGAAGAAAAACCGUGGGCUGUUGACGUCUGAUCAGACGUUAUUGAGUAGCUCUUUGACGUCUAAGAUGGUGUUGAAGAAUGCCAAUGAUGGCUCCAAAUGGGCUGCUAAGUUUGCUAAGGCGAUGGUUAAAAUGGGCAAAAUUGAUGUCCUUACGGGAUCACAAGGCGAGAUUAGGCGCCAUUGCAGCUUUGUGAAUUGA